CCCAUCCCCACCUCUGGCCUCAGGGCCCCCGAAAGUUAAGGGUCGACUCCACCCCUGCACUUAGACUUGGAGUUUGGCAUUUGUACGUUCUGGAGAGCUGUCCUUAUAGCGCCUGGUCGCCGGCAUCUGUGCUUUCUCUGCAAAGUUGAGGAUCCCCUUCCCUGGCUUCUCAUCAAACUCCCUACCACCAUGACCCCCCAACCUGGGAUGAGUUGGGGUACAGCCCUCUCCCACCUGAUGCUUGGUGUCGUGUCUCUGCACGCAGCUGUGUGCACUGCCCAGGCAAGUCGAGGGGCUGCUGCUGGCUUCUUGCUCCAAGCUUUGGCUGCUGCCACCAUGCUGGCCCCUGGCCUGGGCACAGAUGAAGACUGCCGCACUGGAGCCUGGGUGGCCACCGUAAUCAGCCUGCCCCUUCUGGCCUUUGAUUUUCACUGGUGUACUAAUGGUCACUUGAUGUGCGCUGGCUGUUUUAUCCACCUACUAGCAGAUGCCCGACUGAAGGAGGAACAGGCCACGUGCCCCAACUGCCGCUGCGAGAUCAGUAAGAGCCUCUGUUGCCGGAAUCUGGCCGUGGAGAAGGCCGUGAGUGAGCUGCCCUCUGAGUGUGGCUUCUGCCUGCGCCAGUUCCCCCGCUCACUGCUGGAGAGGCACCAGAAGGAGGAGUGCCAGGACAGGGUCACCCAGUGCAAGUACAAGCGCAUCGGCUGCCCAUGGCAUGGCCCCUUCCAUGAGCUGACGGCGCACGAGGCUGCAUGCGCCCACCCGACCAAGACAGGCAGUGAGCUGAUGGAGAUCCUAGAUGAGAUGGACCAGGGCCGCCGCAGGGAGACACAGCUGUUCAGCAGCAUCUUCAGCCUGCUCAGCUUCGAGAAGAUCGGCUACACAGAAGUCCAGUUCCGGCCCUACCGCACGGACGACUUCAUCACACGCCUCUACUACGAGACGCCCCGGUUCACGGUGCUGAACCAGACAUGGGUCCUGAAGGCACGGGUCAAUGACUCAGAGCGCAACCCCAACCUGUCAUGCAAACGCACGCUCUCCUUCCAGCUCAUCCUCAAGAGCAAGGUCAACGCGCCCCUGGAGUGCUCCUUCCUGCUGCUGAAGGGCCCUUACGACGACGUGAAAAUCAACCCCGUCAUCUACCACUUUGUCUUCGGCAGCGAGAGCAGCGAGACCGACUACGUGCCGCUGCCCAUCUCGGACUCGGUGGAGUGCAACAAGCUGCUGGCUGCCAAGAACAUCAACCUGAGGCUCUUCCUGUUCCAGACCCAGAAGUAGCCUCACCCCUGCCGCCACCUCACCCGCCGGCCGCCGCAGCUGCUCGCCCGGCACCAGUCACUUCAGCAAAAGGAGGAAAACACGAACCAAAGCCCACCGGGGAAAGUCUGCAUGCACGUGGGACAUAUGCCCGCCUGCCCGCUGCCUGCCUGCCCGUAGGCCCAAGGACAGGAUGCCCGAGCCUUGAGAGGAAGGUCGGAGGGCGGGAGGGGUGAGGCCUGGCCUGCACUCCUGGUGGCGGUGUGGGUGGCCGCCUGUGGCUCCAUGCUCAGCUCUGGCCGGCUUCCAACAGCGUGUUUGGUUGCAAUUAAAAAGGCUCCCUCGCUUCCUACUUUCUGUUUUGUGGGAGGGGAAGGCCUGGCCACAGUGGACAGCUCGGAGCCUGCCAGCAUGCAAGGUGCCACCCAGAGCCUGCCUGCCUUGCCUAUCCUCUGCGCACCGAGUGCCCCCAGAUAAGACUUGAGAUACGCCCCACCCUGUCCCAGGGCCUGGCCAGCGGGAGAGUUGGGCGCACUGCAGGCCCAGCCCAGCCUAGCCAGGGAGGCUGGCCGGCCGGCAGCCAGCACAGCAGUUUUCGGAAUGCAGGGUGAAAUUCUGUCUCUUCCCAGGAAAAGAAUUAAACUUUCCAGGCUCUUCUAUAAAUUAUGCAAUUCAGCAAGAGAAUCUAUUUUCUACCCCCACCCCGCCGAAGCCCAGCGUCCCUGGGCUAUGAAGUGAGCUGCAGAGCAAGCUGGCUGGGCAGGGGUCUGCAGAGGGGGUUGGUGGGCAUGGCAGGGUGGGGUUCUGUAGAGGCAGAUGGUAGGUGAGGAGUGGCAGCCAGCCGGUUCCCUUGGGCUGGAGGAGAGUGUGCAAGGCAGAAGUAGCUGUGUGGAGGAGCUGGCUGGGGUCCCCUGGGAGCCCCAGCAGGCAUUAAGUCCCCACUGCUUUGGACAAGUGGCUAUUUGACCAUAGCUUUGUGUCGCUGAUACCAAAGAACUGCCCGAUGCUGUCCUGGGCCCUACCACAGAGGGGGUAGCCUCUUCAGAGUUAGGUCUGAGCAGGCCCCCAGGAUCCGGCAUUGCCCCCCUCCCCCCCCCUCCAUGUGCUGGACAGAGGCGGGUGGGAAGCUCUCUUCCCAGGUACCUGGGUGGCUGGGUGGUCAGCUGGAGCUCUGAGCUGGUCUGCAAAGCCCAUACUGGGCCACUGGCCCCUGGACCGCUGCAGCUGCAGACCCUGCCCCCUCACAUCACCACCCCUAGCGCCCUCCUGGUUGCACCUGUCAGGGCCGUGUGGGUGGCACACUGGCCUGGGCAGCCUUAUGUGCGUGUGUGUGCGUGCGCGUGUGCCUGUGCACCUGCUCCUGCGUUUUGAAGUGAUGGUGUUGGAGGGUGCUCCUGUCCAGGUGUACGGGGAAUGCCUGUGUGAAAGGGCCCUUCCCAGGCUGGGACGGUGGCCCACUGGGGCUACAGGUCUGUAGGUGAAUGCGUGUAGCUGUGUGGGUCUGAGGAGGGAGACCUGCCUGGGGACAGGGGCAGUGGAAGGAGCUGAGUGGCCUCAGAGGCCAGCAGCCUUGCGUGUGGGAGUGUGUGGCCAGGCUGGACACAGUCCCUGGCUCUUGGUGACUGCCAGGUCAGGGACAGGUCCAGAGGGAGGAGAGGGAGCUUCGUUCCCACCCUCAGCCAGUCAGCUGGGCACCCUGAGGCAGAUACCCGGAGCUCCUGACAGCAUGGCCCCUAUGUGACAGACUCGUAGCGAUGGCAUGUGCAGGUCGCCCCUCUCGGCCUUCAUCUACUCAUAUCCCGGCCUGGUUCCCCCCUGCCCUUCCGUGUCUGGGGCAGGGGCAGCCCCUGUCCCCGCUGGGCAGCUCACCCACAGGGAGCCAUCGCAGAGAAAAUAAAGAAUUUUUAAAAGAGUGA